AUGGAGAGACCUGCAGACGCGCCUCUCAACCGCGUCGCUCUCUGUCCACGUGGCGUUGCUGGUGUUGCUGCACACCCCGUUCCAGCAGCAGCAGGAGCAGCAGGAGCAACAGGAGCAGCAGCAGCAGCAGCAGCAGCAGCAGCAGCACCAGAAGCAGCAGCAGCAGCAGCAACACGUAGCCUCGUCGGGAUUUGCGUUGAUGCGUUUUACAGGCAAGAGUUAAUAACAACUGCCGAUGAAGAAGCUGAGCAGCAAAGACAAGAAGACAGAGAGGGUUUAGCUGCAGCAGAGACAGACAGAGUCUCCUUCUCGCACCUCUCGUCUGCAAUUGAAGGCGCAACAAAAAUAUAUGGGUAUCGAGUUGAAGCUGUCUAUGAUCAAACAUACACCCUGUUAAAUGGUUUAUGUAAUACUAAGACAUUAGGAGGUGAAGACGAACAGAGAGAUCUAUAUGCAAUCAAGCGACAGCAGCGGCAGCAGCAGCAGCAGCAGCAGCGUCUCAAUCUGUUCUUUAAAGGGAGCUGCAGCACCCUUGCAGAUCCAGAAGAUCUCGUGCAGAGUGAAAACGAAUUGGGAGAAGCAAUUGACCCAUUCUUCGUGAAAAUGGCUAGUCUAUUUGACCAGGCGGGGGUUAAGGGUUUGCUGCUCGCUAAUCUACAGCUUGAUAGUAAAUUAGGGGUUCGAAUGUAUGGAGAGCUGCCUGCGCUUCCAGCAGCGACAGCAGCAGCAGCAACAGCAGCAACAGCAGCAGCAGCAGACGAACUUGACCCCAAGGCCCUACUCGAUUUGGUGUUGGGGGGAUCGACAAACCUCCAAAUUGAAUCGACAAUCUGCGGCCCAGAGAUUCUGCAUUUCACGCAGCAGGUGGAGGCCCUGCGAAAUGAGUUACACGGAGAGCUGCCGGAAUCAACUGAAGCAGAGCAAAGCCUCUCCAAUGGUUUAGGAGCGAUGGGUGCAGAAGAGGCAGAGGAGGAAGAAGGAGGUGAAGAUUUGCUGCUGGGGUUUGACGAUGCUGAUGCAGCAGCAGACGAAGCAGCAAACGCAUGGGAGCAGCAGCAGCAGCAGCAGCAGCAGCAGCAAGAGCAGCUGCAGCUACCAGAUCAAGACACCUUAGACCAGCAGCAGCAGCAGCAGCAGCAGCUCAAUUAUGAAGACAGCGCACCAAUGGACUUCGAUGCAGAGGAUUUCCCGCGAGUUGAAGACGAAAUGGAGUCUUUGUUGGUGGUUUCGGGGGAGAAGAGUUGGUGCCAGGGUUUGAGAGGGUUUGAUCGGUUGUUUGCUUCAUUUAAUUUAGCUGAGGGUUUAGGGUUUAGGAAGACCAACCUGCGUGCAGCAGCAGCGUCUCGAGGUUCUGCUGCAGCAGCAGCAGCAGCAGCAGGGGACCCAGCAGCAGCAGCAGCAGCAGGGAAGUCUCAGCAGAUGCUUGCUGCUCUAGACCCAUUUCUUGUAGAUAUGAAAGACCUCAACAAACCCCUUUCUCCUUAUCCUCUUCUUAAGGCAGAAAGAUGCAGUCCCUGGUUUGUGUGGGACAUGACGAGCAGCCCCUUCUCCUCGUCGCCUCUUCUUUUUACUUCUUUUGCUGUUUUGCUGGGGAGACAGUUACUUCAAAACCCUAAUUCUAAUUCGUCUAUCAACAUCGACGAGCAGCAACAACACUUAGGAAGCAGCGGCAUCGACUACGGAGACGAAGAAGGGUUUGGGGUGUCUGAUGAUUCUUUUCAUGGUGUUGCUGCUGCAGCAAACAAUGCGGAUGUAGCUGAGGUUAAGAGCAACUUGAGGAGGGCUCUGAACAUUAAAACAAAAGAAGAGAAGGAGACAGAAGCAGAACCAGCAGCAGCAGCAGCAGCAGCAGCAACUAGCACUACAGAUAUACUCGCCGUACACACAGAGAGCGAGAGCGAGGAUGUCGAAUUCAUUGAACUCUUCCAUAAGACCACAGCUUUGCUGCCAGAAGAAGCACGAAAGAAUUGUUCGCCUCAGAUGCUUUUUGUUUGUGUUUUAUAUACUGCAAAUGAUGAAAGUCUUUUUCUUUGUCCACGCCCGGAGCAGCGUACAUUUGUUGUGCGUAGAGGCGUUCCGCUUGCAGAGCAGCAAGUAGAUGAUGCUUUUGCUGCUGCAGCAUUAGCAGCAGCAGACGAAUACCCACCUAUAGACGUGCAGCAGUUGGCGCAGCAGCAGCAGCAGCAGCAGCAAACGCUGCUGCUGCCGAUGCCGCUGGCCCUGCAACAGCAGCAAGAACUACAGCAAGAUGAGGAACAGCAGCAAGAAGAGCAGCAGCAACAGCAAGAGCAGCAGCAGCAAGAGCAGCAGCAGCAGAAGCGAAACAAACGACGGAGGGCACCGAGGCCAAUACAAAAAAGAAGCAGCAGACGCAGCAGCAGCAGCAGCAGCAGCAGCAGCAGCAGCAGCGACGCAGCCAGUGAAGAGGAGGUCGUCACAUGA